AUGAAGAUCGAUCAUAUGAAACCGACAAUGUUAUUGAGGCAUAUUCCAGCCGAUAGAGGCCUUGCUGAGAUUGACUAUGUUGCUGUUAAUUUCUGUCGCUUGAUAUCACGACUGUUGUUCUUGUGUGUUCAAGUGUAGAUGUCAUCCUGCUGGUAAGGAAGCGCCUCUUCGCUUCGAAAAAGCAUCAGAUCUAAUGGAAAGAUUGAUGUCACAGCUCAGGACGGUGAGCUGCGCAUUCCCUCUCUUUCACGUCUUACCCGAUCAAGCUUGCUCUCUUUAUUCUUUGCGAUGACCACCCGGCUUUUUAACUCAUUAGAGUCAAAAGUAUGUGUGAAUUUUAUUAUCCCCUCACAGGAUUGGGAGAUGUACGGAUCUUGGCACAGCCCAUUUCCUUCUUAUUUUCUAGAUCUCUGGUUUCAGUGAUAGGUGGAUUUAAACACUAUUGUUAUUUACAGCGUCUGCGUGGAGGGAAUACUCGCCAUGCUCAAAUGAGGCGGUUCUUCUCCGCACAUGGAAGAGGUAAACUAUCUUUAUAGAUGAAAGGUCUGAGACAGACGUAAACAACAUGAAUAAUGAUCUUCACUUCAUGCUUCAGAUGAGAUUUCUAUAGAGGAGGAUGCCGAAAGGAAAGUCGGGUGGCUGCUGAAGAUCAUCUUCGCGGGAACUGCAUCCUACGUUGCGUUCCAGUUCUUCCCAUACAUGGGUAUGGAUCCUUCAAAAUCACCGUAUGACCAUUUUCUUCCUUUUUUUUUUUUUUCUUGAAGCUUUUGUUGAGAUGUGAUAUCAUCAUCGUCUCUUUGUAGUUCUUAUCAUCUUUACAAAAUGUACAUCAGGGGACAAUUUGCUGCAGCAAUCUAUCUCACUCUUGCAAGUCAAAGAUCCCUUGUUUAAGAGAAUGGGAGCAUCCAGAUUGGCACGUUUUGCAAUCGACGGUAUUUACUCUGCAUUUUUUAAGAUCCAGACAUAGUUCCAUGGUGUCUUACUUUCUUCUCCUUGGAAUAGUUGUAUGGUGAUUGCUUUCCCAGUAGAUGAUGUCAGCAUUUUGAUCGUAUAUGUGGUGUUCUUACAUUCAACAUUGAUGAUGAAUAAGAAGCAUUCCAUUUCCUUAAAUAUAUGUCGGUGGCUUUAUCGCCAAUAGAAAACAUUAUCUGAACUUAUUUCAGCACUUGAUUUCUCAUUGACUCUACCAUUGCCAUGAGAGUCUCGAAAAAUUGGUGAGAAAGUUUGACAGAAGAUGGGAAGUCUGAUGGAAGUUUUUUACUUUAAAAAUAAUAAAUAAAUAAAUUAUUGGGUGGGGAAAUUAUGAGCUGAGAAAUUAUGAAAGGAGAAUGGAUGGUGGUAACAAGGGAGUUCUUAGAGAUGAGGUAGAUAGAUUCCCCAGUUCAGAAUGGCCACCCAUUUUGGGCAACAAUCAGCUCCCCCGCCCCCAAACCCAACUCAGGAAAUAUGGAGAAAGCAAGAAGUCAACUACUGUCAAUCUUUAUCCUACCUAAUCAGGCGAUUGUGUAUACAAAUUUGACUGCCCUCUGUUUAUUAUCACCAGGUUGUCGGUCCAGAAUUUCCCCCCAGCAAGCCAAGAUCUCCUCGACUUCUUACAGUCAUUCUCAUGCUUUCCUUUUCUUUUCCUUUCUCGGACAGAUGAAAGGAGGAUGAAGAUCAUAGAAAUGGGCGGCGCCCGGCCGCUUCUGAGCAUGCUGGAGGGCGCCAAGGAUGACCGCACCCGUCGAGAAGCCCUGAGAGCCCUCGUCGCUCUCUCUCGGUCAGGUGAGAUGUUGUCUCCCGAGCAUUAAUAAACUAAUGGCUUGCGUUAUUUGUCUUUCCCUCCCCAUAGACCAGUCGAAUUACGGAUGAAUCUGUCUUUUUCAAUUGGCCUGCUGGGUCCUCGCAAAAAUCAUACACCUCUUACCAUUCGGCCCACCCCUCCAUUAGCGCUUCCUUCCUACUGAAGAUUACAUACUCAACCAGGGUUACCCUAUUUGGAAAUGACCAGCUUACUCAGUUGUCAUAGAUUAGCUUCUCUCUCUCUCUCUCUCUCUCUCUCUCUCUCUCUCUCUCUGUGCACCGUCUCCUUUGAGAAAAAACGAGGUAUGGUUGCCUUUGAAGACAAGUAAACUGAACCGUUCAAAUCGUAGUAGGGUGUUUCUCUAGCAUUUUCCACAGUGAGCGUAAACCUGAUGGAGGGAAGGGACUAAAUUACUCUUGGUCUAUAACUUAUGUGGAUAUGGGGCUAUUUGUAAUGCAAGAACCCUCAGUGUUUAUGCAUUUCUUGGGAGCAGAUUGAGAUCACAUCAUAAGAUUAAAUCUUCUCGUCAAAGAUCUUAUUUCCUUCGGUUAGUUUUUCUCGUCUUCAACCGAACUUGGAUAUAUAUUUAUAUAUAUUUUCUGGAAAUCUCAGAAGUAGCGGCGGCGGCUCUGCACGAGGCAGGCGCCGGUCCGGUCAUCGCCUCGACCCCGAGCUCGCCCGAACUCUCCGAGGUGGAGGGCCACAAGUCCAACCUCCUUAAGAGGUUUCGCGAUCUCAGGAGCGAGAUCCGCUCAUCCAAAGAAUCCGUGGACUGA